UGGACACCGCUAGAAUCGAAGAUGAGUUUUCCCGAGGAGAGAGGGGAGUUUGCCGUCGAAAUGAUGAGCGUUUACGGGGGCAUUAUGUGGCAAACGGGAGUCGUCCGGUGCUUUUAACGGCGCGGCAGCCCGAUUUCAGCACCACGGAGAGCGCUCCGAAUAAAGCAGCAUCGGCGCACAUUUGCUUAAUUACUCCGCCACGCACGAAACGGAUCGCCACGCAUGCAUUCGGAGCAGCUUCGCAUGGAUGCCAGUUGCAUGCUAUGUUCGAUCCAGCCCGAACGCGUCCACGCGUUGUAAGGGAGAGGGUGGCGUUUCCUCUGAAUAACUUAGAAAGUGUGCGUGUGCGGGAUUUUCUCCUCCAUUCGUUAAUCUGCAUCAUCCCCGCUUUAUCAAAUCCUUGUCAAUCAGGGGAUUUAUUUUAUUUUUAUUUCAUGUUAACAGAGCACUGCAUGUCCCCGACACCCAUUUGCUCAUAGUGCACCUUGGAACAUCACAGGCAAGUCGCAGGGGUAUUGUCUUCGCUGUGGCUGGAUUUUGUGGUCGCUUGUGACAUUCUGGUUUGGCGUUUUGGAAUAUAUAUAUUUGUAUUCACUGAAAGGUCCUCAUAUUGCAACUAUGUGUGGACGGAGCAGGGCGGCCUUUCUCUCUCUGGGGGCUUGCUUGCUUGUCGCCAACAACGUCCUGGGUGGGAAAAGCUCUGGGCAGAACGGCAUAGAUGAACAGAAAGAUAACACCACAGUGUUCACCAGGAUCUUAGACAGCCUUCUGGAUGGCUAUGACAAUCGCCUCAGGCCAGGACUCGGAGAGCGUGUAACUGAAGUCAAGACUGACAUUUUUGUGACUAGUAUUGGGCCAGUUUCGGACCAUGACAUGGAAUACACCAUUGACGUCUUCUUCAGGCAAAGCUGGAAGGACGAGAGGUUAAAGUUCAAGGGCCCCAUGGCCGUGCUGCGCCUCAACAACCUGAUGGCCAGCAAGAUCUGGACCCCGGACACCUUCUUCCACAACGGGAAGAAGUCGGUGGCGCACAACAUGACCAUGCCCAACAAGCUGCUGCGGAUCACGGAGGAAGGCACGCUGCUGUACACCAUGAGGCUCACGGUGCGAGCAGAGUGCCCCAUGCACCUGGAGGACUUCCCCAUGGAUGCCCACGCGUGUCCGCUCAAGUUUGGCAGCUAUGCCUACACCCGAGCAGAGGUGGUGUACGUGUGGACCAGAGGGGCUGCACAGUCAGUGGUGGUGGCAGAGGACGGCUCCAGACUGAACCAGUAUGAUCUGAUGGGACAGAGUGUGGAUUCUGGCGUGGUGCAGUCCAGCACAGGAGAGUACGUGGUGAUGACAACGCACUUCCACCUGAAGAGGAAAAUCGGCUACUUCGUGAUCCAGACGUAUCUGCCCUGCAUCAUGACUGUUAUCCUCUCCCAGGUGUCGUUCUGGCUCAACAGAGAGUCGGUCCCUGCCAGGACUGUCUUCGGAGUGACCACUGUCCUGACCAUGACCACACUCAGUAUCAGCGCCAGGAACUCUCUUCCCAAAGUGGCCUACGCCACCGCCAUGGACUGGUUCAUCGCCGUCUGCUACGCCUUCGUCUUCUCCGCGCUCAUUGAAUUCGCCACAGUCAACUACUUCACCAAGAGGGGCUACGCCUGGGACGGGAAAAGCGUGGUGCCGGAGAAGCAAAAGAAGAAGAAGGAGUCUCUCCUGAAGAAGAACAACACCACAGCCUACCCAGCUGCCACUGCUACAGCCUUCGCCCCCAAUAUUGCCAGGGACCCUGGAUUGGCCACUAUUGCCAAAAGCGCUCCACCGCCCCCGAUCGAGCCCAAGGAGGAGCCAAAGCCCAAGCCUCCGGAGGCCAAGAAGACCUUUAACAGCGUGAGCAAGAUAGACAGGAUUGCCAGAAUAGCCUUCCCUCUGCUCUUUGGAACCUUUAACUUGGUCUACUGGGCGACCUACUUGAAUAAGAAGCCCAAAUUGCAGGGGAUCAACCCACACUAAUCCAUGAUCCAUUCCUCCGAAGUUCUACCUGUAAUUAUUUGGUUUUCUUUCGUAUUCCUCCUGAAACGUGUUUAUUUUCAGACAACUAUGGUGUCCACGCUGGUUUCAACUCCCACUCGUUGCAUUGCUUCUAUGUUUAUGUUUUGGAGAUUUUGAAAAAAAAACAACAGAGAACAAAAUGUCAACAAAAAAACAACAAAACUAGAGACUUUUGAAAGGGUGUUGUUCAGGUGUUGGAUGAUGCAUAUUAUGAAAAUGGUAUAAUAUAUCUAUAUAUAUAUAUAAAUAUAUAUAUAUAUGAGAAUGCUAUUCUACAACUGCACAUGUCCCAAGUUAAGGGGCUUUUGUUUCUGUUUGUUUUGGUGUUUCCACGGACACUGUAAAAGGCACUUGUUUAUACUUGUGGAGAAGGCAUCUUAUUAUUAUUUACCUUUAUUUACUCCAAAUGCAGAUCAACACUGACUGAUGGCUUCGGUCAUUUUCAUAUUAGCAGAAAAGUGAUGCGCUUAGCCUCUGUCCAAUAUCUUCCAUUCUCUGUAGAUGUUUUGUGAGGUUAAUUAUGACAUUCUUCAGAAUAUGUUAGGGUUUCUGCAAUAGCAAUAAACAUGUCUCAGUGGACACUCCAUUUAUUUAGGGAUCAGAAAAAAUCCAACCAUGUCCAUGCUCACCAUUCAAAAUUCACCUUUUUCUUUUAAAGCACUGUAAAUAUUAUCAAAUGUUAGAGAUGUCAAUAUUCUGUUUAAGCUUUGCAGAGUGUUACUAAAGGGUAUGUUUAUUGAAUACACGGAGCAGUAACCUUUUCUAUUUAAUUUUUUGUUUCUGUUGAUGAUACUUUAUACAACAAGAGUAUAUACUGGUCUAAUCCACGCUUAAGUGACUGUUUCUUGCCAGGUCAGCAAUCCAUUGAAAGCUGCUUUCACUAUGAACUAAAAUAUUACCCAGCUGUGUACACACUGACGUCUGCAGCAGCAGCACAUCAACGGUUUAAACCAGAUUCGGUCAUGAUGAUAAAGAAUGUAGGAAACGAUCUCAAAUCCAGGAAUGCUCUUCACAUUUUAGAAUGAAGGCGCCCAAGCUGUGAUUAUCACAGCAGGGGCCUCUCUUGCCACUACGCCAUUCACAGCAAAGUACAGUAAAAGAGGGGUGGGGCACGAGGAGGAGGAGGAGGAUGAGGAGGAGGAGGAGAAGUGCCUUCUUCACUUUCAGAGUUGAAGCUGUGAUGGCCACUGCUUCGUUGGCCGAUGGCGCGUCUCUGUGUCCCACCCACUGUGUCCCCCGACCCCCGUUCGCCGUAGUCACCCGUCAGUAGAAAAUUGAGACAUAACACUCAGAAAGUACCAGCUACACUGCCUUCAGUAUCACAUGCCCGUUUGGACUCAUUUGUUGCUGCUUGUUGGUGAGCAACAGCGAGAGACAGGGACAGAGACAGAACGAGACACAGUGAGGAAGGAGACGCUGAGUGGAAGUGGCACCGGAAUCUCACUCGAGCCGGCGCUGUGUUUCGCACAGACAACUUGUCUUAGUUGUUCUACGAUAGAGACGAAGAUGAAUAUAUUUUUGUAGCAUGAUGUCAAUCCCUCUUCCAAAAAAAAAAAGAAAAAAAACAACAGAAAUUAACGCAAAUGUGAAAAGAAUGCUUUUGUGUUUGCCUUGAAUAUCGCUUGCUCUUUUUUGUUCCUUCUUUUAAUUAAGGAAACAUCUACGGGAAAUGCUUCUUUGCUCUGGCACGUUAACGUUUCAAACAGUCCAUUUUAAAUUAUGUUAAUGUAGCAAUAUUAAUUAGCAAGGGCUUUACUUAGGACCUGAAUCUGACACUCAGUCUCGGGGUCAAAUCCAUUGUAGCUUUACACUGACCCCUUCAACCUGUAGUUGGUCUAUAUGCUGUACAUAGAAAUAGAGUUCUUUAGAUUUGUGUCUUCAUUUGACUCCUUCUCUGACCUUGUUUCCUGAAGUCUCCGCGCCUCCGCUUGGAGCGUGCGGGUUUGUUACAGUGCAUCACAGGUUCUCACGUGUUUCCACAGGGCACUGCGUGGGCCAGCGGGCGCGUGCGCACCCUGCAGCAUCCGCCGCGUUAGCUGCAGGGAAACGUCAGAGCCCGGUGCUUGUUGCUAUUCCUAUUAUUUGCAUUGCCGCUAUCUCCCGACAGCAGGCGUCUACUGUUCACAGCCGCUUAAAGUAGAGGGUGAAGAAGUGCAGAGUCUGAGGGUGAAGGGUUGUAUAAAGAUAUUUUAAGUCUAAUCUAUUGUAUGUAUGUUUAAUAUCAUGAAAAAAUCUCUAUAUAUACAUAUGUAAAAUACAUAAUGCAUACAGUAUUUGAUUCUAUUAAUGAAGAUAUUAGCUAAGAUGAUGAUGAUUAUUGUUUGUAUUAUCAACCUAUUGUUAUGCAUUUUGCACAUUUAGAAGAACAGUAACAUUACAUCUAUGUAGUUGGCUUCGUGCUAUGCAAGAACAGCUUUGAACCACAUCAUUGACCUUCUCUCCCUGAUCAUUGUGUUUCAGAUUUAUGAGCUAUUGGUAGAAAAAUAAAAGAAAACAGCAGCUUGGCUUUUAUAUCAGCUGUGCACCCAUUAGCGUUCGCUUUCUUUCAGCCGUGGCUAUACAGGGUGACAUCAAAGAUUAUCUCUCUUGUUUGCUCUUUGGAUUUGUCGGUGGUUGAAGGGGAAAUGGCUUUCGUUGCUGAUUGCACUUUUUCUCCAGAGACAUGCAAUAAAACGGUUGAACUGGAAAACCAGGAGCAAAAACUCGAACAAGAUCACGUUGUUAAUCGAAUUUCUGUUCAUUUCCUGAGCUUGUUUGUCAUCGCAGCAUUGAAGGCAGGUGAAAAUGUUAUUUUGCUAAACGGAUAAUUUUCUUUAUCUUGUUUUGGAAAUCUCAAUGAUAAGAAAAGGGAUUUGCCAAAGGGUUUGACUUGACAGGAGAAAAGUGACUCUUCUACGGUUUCCUUCUGGGAAUAUCUCUGAUGAGCCCCUGACCGGAAACCUUCAAACAGCAUCAAACUAAAGCUAGAAAUCAUUUUACAAAACGUCUGAGCCAGGUCUGGUUUUGCUACAUUUAAUGCUCCAGAUAGAGAAUGUGACAUUUGAGGCACAGUGCAAUCAUGAGCUUCCAACCUUUACCCUCAUAUGUGUAAAUAUCACAUCUGUAGGCAUCAGUAAUUUUUUCAUUAUCUUCAAUGCAAGGUCCAUUGCAGUUCUGAACAGCAGUUGCUUUUCCACACCGAGUCUUUAGUUAUUCCUAGAUACAUACUGGAGUUUUCUUGUCUUUUUAUCAGGCAAACAAUGUUCCGGUUUUCACUGAAAUGUAAAAAAAUAAAUUUCUAAAGCACAAAAGUGUAGAGGUCUAUGGUGAGACUGUAUAUGUAUGGAUAUGAGCAAACACACUGAAGAUGCACACACACACACACACACACACACACACACACACACACACACACACACGCACACAGGGAUGCGUUGGUAGUUCAGUUACACUCAAAGGCUUCUGAUGGCUGUAGAUGCAGUGGUGAACCUUCUGUAAAUGUUUCUUUUGUUUCCUUUGGUUCUGAUAUGGCCCUGUAGAAUCCAGUUCUCUGCAUUAGUCUUUAAAUAAAAAGAAAACAAACGAAA